CAACGGAGUCGAGUUUACCGUGGCGACGCCCCGCCCGCGCCUGCGCUCUGGGGCUGGGAGCUGUUGCUUGGAGACAGGAGAAGCCGGGAGUCCAGGCGGCGGCGGGGCUCGGCGGGACCCUGGUGCUGAGGGACCGAUAGCCCCAGCCGGCAGCCAGUGCCAUGGCGGAUCCCUCCGGAGACCCCCCGCCCGAGGCUCAGGGGUCCCCCCCUUCGGGGCAGAGCUCCGAGCGGCUCGGCCAGGACCCCCCACCCGGCCAGGGGCCCUACCAGCCCACCCAGCCCGGCCAGGGCCCCUACCAGCCCACCCAGCCCGGCCAGGGCCCCUACCAGCCGACCCAGCCUGGUCAGGGGACUCCACCUGCCCAAGGGCCAUACCAGCCCACCCAGCCCGGCCAGGGCCCCUACCAGCCGACCCAGCCUGGUCAGGGGACUCCACCUGCCCAAGGGCCAUACCAGCCCACCCAGCCCGGCCAGGGCCCCUACCAGCCGACCCAGCCUGGUCAGGGGACUCCACCUGCCCAAGGGCCAUACCAGCCCACCCAGCCCGGCCAGGGCCCCUACCAGCCGACCCAGCCUGGUCAGGGGACUCCACCUGCCCAAGGGCCAUACCAGCCCACCCAGCCCGGCCAGGGCCCCUACCAGCCGACCCAGCCUGGUCAGGGGACCCCACCUGGCCAGGGCCCCUACCAACCCUCCCAGACAGGACAAUCUCCUUAUGAACCUUAUGAAUCUGGACAAGCCCCUUAUCAACCUCACCAGCCAGGCCAGGAUACCACACCAGGUCAAGCUCCCUAUCAUCCUCACCAACCAGGACAAUCUGCCUAUGAAGCCCGUCAAGUGGGACCCUUAUCACAAGAGCUGAGACGAAGCAUCUAUCAGCCACAUGCACCAGGACAAGAACCCUAUCAGCUACAGGAACCAAGAGGAAGCCUUUAUCAGCAACAAGAACCUAUGCUUGGUCCCUAUCAGCCUUUUGUAUCUGGACAUGGCCCUUAUCAACCACAUGAACCAGGCUAUGGCCUUUAUCAGCCAGGAUACAGCCCAUAUGAGGAUGAAAUACCUGAUCCUGAACCUAGAGCACUGGCAAUCCAGAAUGCAAAGGCCUAUCUAAUGAAGAGCAGCACAAAGUCUGGCCUGAACUUAUAUGAUCAUCUUGCUCACAUGCUGACCAAGAUCUUGGAUGAACGCCCUAUAAAUGCAGUAGAUAUCAUUGAGAAUAUCAGUAAGGAUGUGAAAUGGGCUCAGUUCCAGAAAAAAAUGGACACCCUCCGUGAUGAGCAUGAAAUGCUUCCAACAUAUGAGCUGGCAGAGAAAUAUAAGGCUCUGUUCCUCAAGGGGACAGGAGAGGGAGGAGAUGAAGAGCCAGAAGAGGAAAUAACAGAUAGCCCUCUACCCAAUGUGAUGGAGACAGCCUUCUAUUUUGAACAGGCUGGAGUCGGCUUGAGCAUGGAGGAAAACUACCAUAUAUUCCUUGCCCUCAAGCAGCUCGUUAGCAUGCAGCCAAUCCAGACAUGUCGCUUCUGGGGCAAGAUCUUGGGCCUGGAGAUGAACUAUAUCGUGGCUGAAGUGGAGUACCGUGAGGGGGAAGAGGAGGAGGAGACAGAGGAGGAAGAAGUGAUUGAGGAGGGGGGGAAAGAAGGGGGUGAGGACAAAGAUGAAGAAGAAGAUGAAGAGAAAGAAGAAGAUGAGCCACCAAAGUCCACCUAUAAACCCCCACCAGUGGUCCCAAAAGAAGAAAACCGGACUGGCACCAAUAAGUUUAUCUAUUUUGUCUGUAAUGAGCCAGGCAAACCCUGGGUGAAGUUACCUGCAGUGACACCAGCGCAAAUUGUGGCUUCCAGGAAAAUCAAGAAGUUCUUCACUGGAAGGCUGGAUGCUCCUAUUGUGAGCUAUCCACCUUUCCCAGGGAAUGAGGCCAAUUACCUGCGUGCACAGAUCGCUCGGAUCUCAGCAGGGACCCAGAUCAGCCCAUUGGGGUUCUACCAGUUUGGAGAGGAGGAAGGGGAUGAAGAGGAGGAGGGGGGAGGAGGAAGAGACACAUAUGAAGAAAAUCCUGACUUUGAGACCAUUAGUGUGAUGGAACUUGUGGAUUCCAUUUCCAACUGGGUGCACCAUGUACAGAAUAUUCUUAUGCAGGGCCGCUGUUCCUGGAUUAACCCCUCUCAAAAGUCAGAGGAAGAAGAAGAAGAAGGUGAGGAAGAGGAAAAAGCAGAAGAGCCAGAUGAACCACGGCCAGAAGUGGGACCCCCUCUUCUGACUCCACUCUCUGAAGAUGCAGAAAUUCAGAACAUUCCUCCUUGGACAUCUCAGUUAUCCACAAACCUGGUUCCUCAAUAUGCCAUUGCAGUCCUUCAGUCCAACCUGUGGCCUGGAGCGUACUCCUAUGCUAUCGGCAAGAAAUUUGAUAAUAUCUAUCUGGGCUGGGGUCACAAAUACAGUCCAGAUAACUACUCACCCUCGAUGCCCCCACCAGUGCAGACAGAGUACCCAAGUGGGCCAGAAAUCACUGAAAUGAAUGACCCUACUGUGGAAGAGGAGCAGGCACUCAAGGCUGCACAGGAAGAAGCUUUGGCUGCAGCUGAGGAAAUGGAUGAGAUAGAGGAAGAAGAAGAGGAAGAUGAGGAUGAUUAAAAUGCUACAAGAAUCAGAUUUGUAUAAAAGUUCUUCUAAAAAUAAUACAUAAUUUUAAUACAUUUAGUAUAUUAACCAAGUCAAUCUAAAAAUAAAUGUUUAUUUAAACGAGA